CCCUCUCCCUCAGAUCCCCAUCUACUGACUUGCAUGAGAGAUCCCUACCAAGUUAAAUCUUGCCUGCUACAAGCAAGGAGGGUACAUCUCUUAUGCCUCUCAAUGACCUUGGUCACUUAUAUUUAUAUUACACUCCCUUGAUGUUUUACAGGAUGUCUCUAUGGAUACAGGAAUAAACACAAGAUAAUAGCCCUACAGUCUUUAAAGCAGCAUUUCAUUCUACAGGCCAGGCGGGGAGAGGAGGCGUCUAUUGCAGAACAGAGAGAAUCAGGAGAAAAACCAUGGCUGAAAACGCAGAUGUUGAGUCUCUAGAAGAAAGUUUUAAGAAGUUCGCUAUCUAUGGGGAUACAAAAGCAACAGGUCAAGAACUGACAGGCAAAAACUGGGCCAAGCUUUGUAAAGAGUGUAAAGUCAUUGACGGAAAAACUGUGACCGGGACAGACGUUGACAUUGUGUUCUCCAAAGUAAAAGCAAAGACUGCUAGGGUGAUUAACUAUGAAGAAUUUAAAAAGGCACUAGAAGAGCUAUCUGCAAAGAGGUUUAAAGGAAAGAGUAAAGAGGAAGCAUAUGAAGCCAUCUGCAAACUUAUCUCUGGAAAAGAACCUACUAGCGUGGGAGUCACGAAGGCUGCUGCAGUCGGAGCAGUGGAACGUCUAACAGACACAACAAAAUACACAGGGUCUCACAAGGAACGCUUCGAUGAAAGCGGGAAGGGAAAAGGGAAAAGUGGUCGAGAGACCAUUGUGGAAAAUACCGGCUACGUAGGCGCAUACAAACAUGCUGGCACUUAUGACGCCAAGGUGAAAAAAUAGAGCUCAGGAGCGGAGAUGCUAUCCUUCAGCUUCUGCACAGACAUAACUUACCCUCUAUGUUCCCAGUGAAGAACGGUAGUACAUUCUGGUAGUGGCAAAUAUAAAGUUAAUCUUCCUUCCUACCAUCAAUGAAAACAGUGAAACGUGGAUGAACCAUGCAGUAUAAUUGUCUUUACUUUCUUCUGUUGCCAAAACUUACAGUAUCUGCAACAAGUGUGACGUUGACAUUGUGCAAGUCUCUACAACAGUUAUUUGUUAUGUAGUAUACAUGCAAUGUCACCUGUGAUGAUUCCUGUGCACUUACCUCCUAAUCUAAUCUUACACUACUUUGACAUUAACAUACAGUACAUGAACACUAUCUGCAUAAAAAUAAUAAUUUAUAUGUAAAUUGUGAUAUUAUUUCGACAUCACUAAUCCCUUUAAAAUAACUUUAGUUGCUGGUAAGUGGAACAGUGCCAUUGCUAAGUAGGAGCGUUACUAGCAAUUUGUCACUAGCUGGAACUGUUUGAAAUCUUUACCCGGGUCUUCACAGAAUUAGUCAAAAAGAUUGUUUUGUUCUACCUAUGGUAUGUGCCACAUUUACACUGACCUAGAAUGCAUAAAAUUGUUCUAUUACACAGUGACACAUAUAAUGAAAUAGAUGCCGACUUACCUGUUGGGAUCGAUAUUGUCCAAGAUGUACUUUAUUUUAACAUUUCCUACUAUCCCGACAGAAGAAUAAAAAAAGAUUGUGAAAUUUCUUCAGUAACUGAAAAGCCUAGAUGCAGAACUCCUUGAUUAUGCUGGACAACUUCCUAGUCUGAUUUAUGGUAAAGGGUAUCUGUCACCUAAACACAGUGUAGGCAGCCAUUUAAUUGGUUUCAUUGCCACAGUGAUGUCACUGGCUUCAAAUUGUUGCAUGGCCUAUCAGUAUUGGUUUAGUCCACAAAAUGGCCGCCUCCACUGUGAACAGACGACAGUUACACUUUAACAUUAUGUGUUUGUUGCAAGAAUCUAAAACUUAAAUUACUUAAAUGGCAGUUACAACAUUGGGAUACUGGAUUAUAAAUAAACCGGGAAGAUAUAUAGCUGAUGUUAAGGGGUGAAGUAAGGAAACUUUUUGAGGGGAGUUUCUUGAAUUCUAUGUAUUGCAAACUGUUACAAGCAACUUGAUGUUCACAAUGUGAUCCACACACUUGGCCAUAUACCUAAUACUGGGGCCACCAUUAUUGUGUGUGAGGCAUUUUAGUGAGAUUAUGCAACCGCUGCAAAAUGUACAGUACCCUUAAAAUCAUCUUCCUCUGUCCUUCAUCUGUAGAAUUUGUGGUUAUACCAGUGUGGCCUAAAUAUGUCUAAUCUAAAUGUGCUGUAACACAGCUUUUAUGCAUUUUUGUCAAUACAAGAAUGAGUGUAACAGAGGUAUUGAAGAAAAAAUACAGUAAUAUUACAAAAAAAAAAAGCAAUCCUAACAUUAGCCAAUGUAAAUACACUACAGUAUAUGUUAAAUUAUUCCUGAAAACACCAAGAUAUAUGUACCAAAAAUUGAUCAUGUUAAUUAUUAUUAUCUCUAACAGCAUAAAAGAAACAAACGGUUUUCUGGCAGUAUAAAAAUUAGCAAUUACUGUUUCCAUUCAUUACAUAUUGCUGAUUCCAUUCCUGCCAAGUGGUCUGUCUUGUAAUAUAAAGGUGCAUGCUGAACAAUAUAUGUGUUAAAGGGAUAAAGUUAAGAUUCCUAGGGGGUCAGUCCAAUUAGCUGCGAUGAUCUCCCGGUUGCGAGUCAUCGCUGCAGCGGCCGCACUUUACGGCGGGCUGAAUUUGCACAAAAGUGCUCACCAUCCAUAGAGGUCCAAGCCAUUUAGUGUGAAUUGGGGUUGAUUUCAGCCCACAAAGGGUGCAAGAUCAGGUGCAAUUGCCGGCGUUGAAACGCUGCGCCAACGGCACUUCGCACCCUUGGAUCGACCCCCUAAACUCCCAAUCUCACCCACAUUCUAGCUAUUUCUUGCUGACCUCUUUCUUGUAUUGUAUGUAGCAUGUGUGUAGGAUGCAGUACUAUACAAUUUGAAUGCCUGUUUUGCUCUUUUUCAGUUGUACCUGUUGUCUAUGCACAAUGAAAUAAAAUAUCUAGGAACUACAUGUGGAUACUAGUUCAGCCCACAAAUUGCCUUUUUUGUGUAGGCGACAGGUACACUUUAACAAAUGAUGAUUAUAUCAUGGUAAUAUUGAGAUCCUGGUAUCCAAUCCAUCUAGGAUCUAUAAACAUUUAGGUACCUAUGAUAAAACAUGAAAGCCACUAUGAAUGGACCCUGUAGAAUUUAGGUAUUUAAGUAAUGAAAAUACAUACCCCUAACCAUGUUCAGGAUGUAUCACAUAAAGGGGGGGUGGGGUUAUGUCUUACCCAAAUAUUUAUUUUUAUGGAGUUUUCCUACAUUUUCUUAACUUCUACUUUUUGUUAAAGAAGUUGUCAAAGAAAAAAUCUCUAGCAGUGUAAAAUGCAGAACAUUUUUUUGGUCAUUUUAAUGUUUUGUACUAAAUAUUACUAGUGGUUAUUACACCCGCUGAUAUGGCAUUUUUUUUGUAUUAAAACCAAAUUAAGUCACAAAUCUUAUUACCAGACAGGAUCCCCCGAAAUCUUUACAGGAACUCCAUUAUUACUUUAGCAAGUCCCCGUUACCACUUUUCCACUCUUACACAAAAACCAGGUGCCCGUCCCUUUCCCCUUCGGGACAGGUUGCGUCUAGAACCCCUUCGCUUUGAGGACCCUGGUGUGAUAUCAUAUGAGGGCGGAAGUACUUAAACACCCUUAAAACUAUUUUAUUUUGUCUUCAAUCUAUUUUUUUUUCCUGUUAUUUGGUGUGCAUUGUAUCCUCGUGGACUCACUUCGGGCAUGGUGGCUCACUUUGUUUGCCAUAGGUUACUAUUCCCAAUAGAUUAUGACAUUGCCUGGUGCGUGAUUGGAAAGGUCCUUUUGGUGAAGGGGAUCUAGGUGCUACUCACUUGGAUUACCCCCAUUAGAGAAAUGACACAUCUGCUUCCUGGGUCAUCACCACAGCAGGGGCUUAUUUAAUAAUAAUUGAGUUUUGAUAUAAUAUCUUAUCUCCACUAUUCACGGCACAAAAAAAAUAGGUACCGCCCAGAUGUAUCAUUGAUCACAUCCAGGGACAGGACCCUGUAAAGUGAUGGCAUUUUAGUUGCCAGGGGCUGCCGCGCUUCUGUGCAUGUGUAGUCUGCUGACCACAUAUACGCAAGUGGUGAGUGCCAGGGAGUGAGUCUACUGACCCCUCUCCCAGUACUUUUUGUAGAGUGUGGCCUACAGGCUACAAUGGCUAACACCAUCUUCAGAUGGUGUGAGCUACCGGGGCCAAGCUCCAGAAUGCUAUGCAAGUGUAAAGUGUUAUUAAAGUUGUUACAGGCAACCUGUGUAAUGUUGCUAUGAGUUUACUUAUUCCACACAAAUGCACGCCAAUGAAUCUAAACCUCUCUUUCCUCUGCAGCGAGCGCUGGCUCAAAAUUUUGGUUGUAUAUUAUUACACUCUUCUUAAAUUGAAUAGUUAAUGUAUUAAAAUAUAUUUCUGUAUAUGUAUAUAAAAUUCCUUUCUCUGCAAUAAAUAUAUCUAUUUUA